CAGACAGAGUUAUUUGUCCAUUCAUUUAAGGACCAGCUGGUAAGCAAUGCUCUUCUGGCACUGUACACUGCUCGGCCAGGCUGUGCAAAUAAGAAGCUCACAGACCCGAGGAUAAGCACUGAUGAGAAUGAUCUUCAGGGUCAGGAGCCUGUGAAUCCUAUAACAAGGCAAGAUUCUAUACCUCACCACUCUGAAUAUGAUGAGGAGGAAUGGGAUAGGGUGUGGGCCAAUGUAGGAAAGAGCCUUAACUGCAUUAUUGCCAUGACAGACAGGCUACUUGAAAAAGAAGACAGCACAAAAGAAGACAAAGUGGUUUCUUCAGAUGAAGAUCUCAUCACAUCACACAUAAAUGCACUCUUUUUUUUUUCCUAUCAUGCAGAAGACUGGUAUGAACAGCUCUACCCUCUAAUAAUUACACUAAAAGACUGUGUAGCAGAAGUUGUGGAGAAGGCGAAGACUUCAAUGACUUUUGUUGUGCUGCAAGAGCUGGCGUGUGCUUUGCCCCAGUGCCUGCGCCUCACAUUCAGAAGAGACGUGGUUUUCAGCCAAGCCCUUUCAGGAUUGAUCUGUGGAUUUAUAGUUAAGCUGCAUUCAAGUUUACACAAUCAGGGCUUUCUACAGCAGCUCCACACAGCGGGGUUACUAGUGCAAUAUGAAGGUCUUCUGAGCACAUAUAGUGAAGAAAUUGGGAUGCUGGAAGACAUGGCUGUCAGUAUUUCAGAUCUGAGGCACACAGUAUUUAAAAUAACAGAGGCCAAAUCAGAUGACUUUCUGCCCAUUGUGACUGGAAGACGAGAGCACUACGAGGUGGAGGUCAGACUUCCGACAAAAAUGUUCGAGCUUCUUCCGCAGCAGAUCAAAGACGGAAAACCGCUCAAUGUUUACCCAGUUCUUUUUAAUAUUGGAAUUAAUGAGCAGCAAACCAUAGCAGAAAGGUUUGGUGACACUUCUUUGCAAGAAAGCAUUAACCAAGAGAAUGUUGAACAUUUGGAAGAGUACUAUAGGCUGUGUACAGAUAAAACCUCUCCUGACUGUCCACAGCUAUUCCAUGAUCAAAGUGACCUGAAGGAACUCUUGGAAAACCUUCACCAAAACACUCAUGCCAAAAAAAGAAAGAAUGUCGAAAUCAUGUGGCUGGCAGCUAGUAUCUGCCGGAAAAUGAAUGGCGUUAGAUUUACUUGCUGUAAAAGUGCAAAAGACCGAACUUCUAUGUCAGUGACGCUGGAGCAGUGCUCAAUCUUGAGAGAUGAACAUGAUCUUCACAAAGACUUCUUUGUCCGGGCUCUUGACUGCAUGAGAAGAGAAGGAUGCCGCAUAGAGAAUGUGCUGAAGAAUAUCAAAUGCAGAAAGUAUGCUUUCAACAUGAUACAACUGCUGACAUUUCCAAAGUACUACAGACCUCCAGAAGGGACAUACGGCAAAAUUAACAAUUGA